AUGAGCUUGCCAACGACAUUGUCUGCGGACCUCCCGGUGGCAUCGACGCUGUCCAACGAGCCACCAAUCGUCCAGUUCGCCCGUGCAGCCGGCCAUGUCCUUGCGAUCUCCUUCUCGUACCUCUCGCGCGCCUCCGCUACGCUUGCGCGCCUUUCGUUCUCCCCUCUCUCACUGGUCUACAGUCCCAUCAUAUACCUGCUGUCCCCAGUAAUCGUGCUGUCGCAAGUUCUCCUCCAGGUCUUCGUCUUUUCCCCAUACAACAUCGUCCUCUCUAUCGCCCGCAACGUAUACCCCAUCUAUGUGUUCGUCGGCGUAGCGUGCAUAUGCGCAGCGUUCUUCGGUUACACCGCUCGCAUGGUCUCGAUAGCUCUGACCUAUGUCAUAUUCCCGCCACGACCUCCCAAGACUUCCUCCCAGGAUCCAUUUCCCGAGAAGGAGGCCCCUACGAGUUCCCCUCCCAAGACGCGUCUGAGGAAGCGCGUGUCCAUCAAGGAAGAGCGAUAG